CCUCUCUGUUUCUCCUUGUAAACCGCCCUUGGAUUGAAUUCUCAAGGAGAAGAAGGUCUUAGUCAUUUUCCUUGGUGUCUCAACUGUGUUGGGAGAGGAGGAAGAAGAGGAACUAUGGAGGUGGGAGAUGGGUCUUUUGCUCCUGUAGGUGUGUCCAAGCAGAGGGCAGACCAGUACAAAGGCAGGCUCACUACUUAUGUGGUCGUUGCUUGCCUUGUUGCUGCUGUUGGGGGUGCAAUUUUCGGCUAUGACAUUGGGGUUUCAGGAGGCGUGACAUCAAUGGAUACAUUUCUUGAAAAAUUCUUCCACACAGUCUAUUUAAAGAAGAGGCGGGCCGAAGAAGACCACUACUGCAAGUACAAUGACCAAGGCCUUGCAGCAUUUACCUCUUCCCUCUACCUUGCUGGUUUGGUUGCGUCCAUUGUGGCAUCGCCUAUUACAAGGAAGUAUGGGCGUCGAGCAAGUAUAGUAUGUGGUGGGAUCAGCUUUCUUAUUGGAGCUGCCCUAAAUGCUGCAGCUGUGAACUUGGCGAUGCUUCUUUCGGGUCGGAUCAUGCUUGGUAUUGGCAUUGGAUUUGGCGAUCAGGCAGUGCCACUAUAUUUGUCAGAGAUGGCGCCGGCCCAUCUCCGAGGAGCCCUGAACAUGAUGUUUCAGUUAGCAACUACGACGGGGAUCUUCACAGCAAACAUGAUCAAUUACGGAACUGCAAAGCUCCCCUCAUGGGGAUGGAGGCUGUCAUUGGGCCUGGCUGCAUUACCAGCUAUCUUAAUGACAGUGGGAGGCCUAUUUCUUCCUGAGACUCCCAACAGUCUAAUCGAACGGGGAUCAAGGGAGAAAGGGAGACGAGUCCUAGAAAGAAUCAGAGGUACCAACGAAGUUGAUGCAGAGUUUGAAGACAUUGUGGAUGCUAGUGAGCUUGCAAACUCAAUCAAGCAUCCUUUCAGAAACAUCCUUGAGAGAAGGAACAGGCCACAGCUGGUUAUGGCAAUCUGCAUGCCAGCUUUCCAGAUCCUCAACGGCAUCAAUUCUAUUCUCUUCUAUGCCCCAGUUCUGUUUCAGACCAUGGGAUUUGGAAAUGCUACUCUCUACUCGUCCGCUUUGACAGGGGCCGUUCUUGUUUUAUCCACAGUGGUUUCAAUCGGAUUGGUGGAUAGAUUGGGUAGAAGAGUUUUAUUGAUUUCUGGGGGAAUCCAAAUGGUCUUAUGUCAGGUGACAGUUGCCAUAAUCCUGGGGGUCAAGUUCGGAAGCAAUGACGAGCUCUCGAAAGGCUACUCAGUAUUGGUGGUGAUUGUGAUCUGCCUCUUUGUUAUAGCAUUCGGAUGGUCGUGGGGGCCACUUGGGUGGACAGUUCCAAGUGAGAUAUUCCCACUGGAGACCCGAUCAGCAGGACAGAGCAUAACAGUGGCUGUGAACCUCCUGUUCACCUUCAUAAUAGCUCAGUGUUUCCUUUCCAUGCUUUGUUCUUUCAAGCAUGGAAUUUUCCUCUUUUUUGCUGGGUGGAUUGUUAUCAUGACCCUCUUCGUAUACUUCUUCCUACCUGAAACAAAGGGAGUUCCCAUUGAAGAAAUGAUAUUCGUGUGGAAGAAGCAUUGGUUCUGGAAGAGGAUGGUGCCUGGGACUCCAGAUGUUGACGACAUCGAUGGCCUGGGAAGCCAUUCAAUGGAGUCAGGUGGAAAGACAAAGCUAGGCAGCUGAGCUUAAUUCUUCUGAUUUCGGUGAACUUCAAAUAAUCCAUGUAGCAUAUGGCAAGCCAGGCUCCUAUCAUGAGC